UGCGUUUGCGCCUGCGCAGCAGCCUUCAGUGCGCUUUAGGCGUUCUCGUUCUCGUGGGCUCACAACGAAAAUGCUGUAAUCAAACAAAACUGGAAGCCCGCAAGGAUUACAAUGAAGUCCAUAUACUGCGCCGUCGCCGGUUUGUUGUCAUUUUGUGGCGUGUCUAAAGUGACUGCAGUGCUGCCUGGUCCCGCGAAUCUCACCCUAGACACUCUGAACACGCAGUAUGUCUUGAAGUGGACCUGGCCCCACAAUAUCUCGGAGAACCGGAGUGUCACGUUCACGGCUCAGUACAUCUCGAAAUAUAAAUUGUCCCUGAAGUCUCACUCUUGGCUCACGGCGUGUGAGAAUACCACAGAGACUUGGUGUGACUUCACCAGGCGUAACCUGCAUUACCAUGGGAUUUAUAUGCUUCGGGUCAGAACCAACAGCGGCACAGAGAGAUCCCAGUGGGUCGAGAAGCAAUUCUGCCCUGAUACAGAUGCUGCUUUGGGCCCACCCUCCAGAGUGGAGUUGACAGUGAAGAGCUCUGUCCUGACCGUGAUGAUCUACAACCCCUUGACGAGCAGGAACACUUCAGUGAAGGAUGAUGUCGACGGCCUGUACUUCCACAUACAGUACUGGAAAGAUUCUGACCAGAAAAAGGACUACAAAUACCAAAAUGCAACGCGGAACCUGCUGUCCCUCUCAGACCUGGAGCCCUGGACCAUGUAUUGUGUGAGAGUUCAGUCACGCGAAGGCUACUACAACAAAGCCAGCGUCUUCAGCGCCACCCAGUGCCAGCAAACCAGCGGUCAGUCGACAGUCUGGCACUUCAUGCUGCCGUUCCUGGUCUCCAUGCUGGUCUGCUUUCUCAUUGUGCUGCUGACUGCCUUUGUAAUCCUGAAGUUCUACUGGGUGGUGAAGAGGACAUUCUUCCCCUCCUGCCAGGUCCCAUCCAGCCUACUAGAGUACCUGCACGACUCCCCCUCCAGCUCUGGGCAGCCCUCCCUGCUGACUUUAGAAUCAGAAGAAAUCUGCCUGAGAAAGCUGGAGGUAUCGCCAGUGAUGGCAUCUUUGGAAGUCCACGUUGACAUGGAGCCCACGGCUUUGCAGGCCAACGUCUCUUGGCACGGACGUCAGGACAGCGGGGACAGCGGCCUUUACUCCGCAGAAGAGCAUUUGGCCAUGCUGCCGGAGGCACAGGAAACUGGGAUGAUGGUGAACAUGGGAACAGACUUGGAAGAUGAGAUGUCAGCGGCACCCCCUGGAAGACAAUGUUGGAACAACACUGGAUUCACUGAAUAAAAGAUGAAGGAUAUUAGAAGUGGGCAUUUAAAUUGUCAAACACCAUCUCCUUACAUUCAAAAACAUCAUCCUUUAGAUGAUGUUUCCCAUGAGAGACAACUGAUCUAAAAAGUUCACUGUGAGAGCCAGUAUUAGUAUAUGAUGUGCAUUAUGACAAAAGGUGUCAUAAGUACAGAACAGUUCAAACUGGUGCGUGACUCGGUGGCCCAGGACACUCGCCUAUUAUCAGAAGUUCACCGGUUCAAAUCCCAUAGUAAGCAGAGUGAUUUUACCACUGGGCUCUUGAGCGAGGCCCCAGCGUGCCCCACGGAAUAGCGGACCUCGCCUUCUCAAAAAUGUAACUCUUUUGCUAGGUGUAAUGUAAAAUGACAACCUGAAUGAAGUUUUGUUUGUGUGGCACUGUAUGUACAGGUAGUGUGAGAUUCAGUAGGACAGCACAGAGACCCUUGGCCUUUCAUCGUUAUACUUAUGAUACAUGUCAGUGUUAGAAAAAAAUGGUGCAAAGCAUUUCCCCCCCCCCCCAUCCCCCCCCC